GCUGUCUCCGGGAUCUGUUCUCGCGAGACUUCCACGAGAGGCUCCCGGUCGUUGCCUGGAGGAUCUCGGCCACAGGAGCCCGAGCGGGCGCUCUGGCGCGAGAGGGUGUUGUGCGGUGUCGGCCCGGGCAGCGGCUGCAGGGGGACCGCGGCGGGAGCAGCCUCGAGCCGCAGUGCCGGCUCCUGCACUUUCCCGAGGCUCGUCGGAGCCGCCGCGCCUGAGAGGGGCCGCGCGCCGGGGAUCGCAGCGUCCGGAGCUGCGCGGGCGGCUGGGGCAGCAGGGUCCGGCCAGCCGCGCGGAGGACGGGCGGGCGAGCGGCAGGCUCAGAGGAGAGCGUGCGGCUGCAGGCAGGAGCCCCCCGCUCGGCCACCUCCUCGCCCCGCGGCCGCCGCUGGAAGAUGUCUCAGGAGAGGCCCACGUUCUACCGGCAGGAGCUGAACAAGACCAUCUGGGAGGUGCCCGAGCGAUACCAGAACCUGUCCCCGGUGGGCUCGGGAGCCUAUGGCUCGGUUUGUGCUGCUUUUGAUACAAAGACAGGACAUCGUGUGGCAGUGAAGAAGCUGUCAAGACCGUUUCAGUCCAUCAUUCAUGCCAAAAGGACCUACAGAGAGCUGCGCCUGCUGAAGCACAUGAAACACGAGAAUGUCAUCGGUCUGUUGGAUGUGUUUACGCCCGCGAGGUCCCUGGAGGAAUUCAAUGAUGUGUACCUGGUGACGCAUCUCAUGGGGGCAGACCUAAACAACAUUGUGAAGUGUCAGAAGCUUACUGAUGACCACGUUCAGUUCCUUAUCUACCAGAUCCUCCGAGGGUUGAAGUAUAUACAUUCGGCAGACAUAAUUCACAGGGACCUGAAACCUAGUAAUCUAGCUGUGAAUGAGGACUGUGAGCUGAAGAUUCUGGAUUUUGGACUGGCUCGGCAUACUGAUGAUGAAAUGACAGGCUACGUGGCUACCAGGUGGUACAGGGCUCCUGAGAUCAUGCUGAACUGGAUGCACUACAACCAGACAGUGGAUAUUUGGUCCGUGGGCUGCAUCAUGGCCGAGCUGUUGACCGGAAGAACGCUGUUUCCUGGUACAGACCAUAUUAACCAGCUUCAGCAGAUAAUGCGUCUGACGGGGACACCCCCUGCUUAUCUCAUUAACAGGAUGCCAAGCCAUGAGGCAAGAAACUACAUUCAGUCCCUGGCCCAGAUGCCGAAGAUGAACUUCGCAAAUGUGUUUAUUGGCGCCAACCCCCUGGCUGUGGACCUGCUGGAAAAGAUGCUCGUCCUGGACUCAGAUAAGAGGAUCACAGCAGCCCAAGCCCUGGCACAUGCCUACUUCGCUCAGUACCACGACCCUGAUGACGAGCCUGUGGCCGACCCUUACGACCAGUCCUUCGAAAGCAGGGACCUCCUGAUAGAUGAGUGGAAAAGCCUGACCUACGAUGAAGUCAUCAGCUUUGUGCCACCGCCCCUUGACCAAGAAGAAAUGGAGUCCUGAACACCUGGUUCUGUUCUGUCGAUCCCACUUCACUGUGAGGGGAAGGCCUUUUCAUGGGAACUCUCCAAAUAUCAUUCAAGUGCCUCUUGUUGAAAGAUUCCUUCAUGGUGGAAAGGGGUGCAUGUAUGUGCAUAGUGUGUGUGUGUGUCUGUCUGUCUGUCUGUCUGUCUGUAUUUGUGGAUGGAAGUCACUUCAUGAGUUGUGGAUGCUCCAUGGCAGCCUCUGCCUGCUUUCUCAGAGUCUGGGCAAGCUGAUGGAAACUACUAUCUUGUUGGGGAUGUAUUAAGUGCAGAGUAAAAUUAUCCCUAUUCCUAGUUACACUUUUGCCACUCUGGCUUCUCUUGUGUCCCAGCCUUUACCACACACCACAGUGGUACAGAGAGGCCGUCCCCCAGCCAUGCCUCCAGCUGAAGAGGAGCACCUGGCUCCUGAGCUCUUGCUGUGAUUGGCUGGCUGCUCACCAUGGUCCCAGAGCCCGACAGAUGUGUCCAAAGCUGCCAGUCUGUGCCUUAAAAGGAGAAGGACGCAUAGAUAGUUCCAGAACCGCAGCUGCUGACAUUCUGAGCCAGGCGAGUGCGCAGGGCUGUUGGGUGGCCAGUAGUGAGCUGGAAGAAACAAGGCAGCCUUCAGGGAGGCCGUGUGUCUGUGUGUCUGUGUGUUUCCGCGUGCGUGCGCGCAUGUGCAUGCAUGUCUGUGUGGCCACCCUCCCUCUCCCAGGAGUGAGCGGUGUCUGUGCUUACCCCUCACCUCAGUACAGAGAUCUCCAGUGCCAGCUGCAGGUUCCUGCUGUCAGCCGCUUCCUGUGUGCUCUUCACGUCUAGCAGAGUGCGGGUGUGUUUGCAUGCUUGUACAACCCCUGUCUGACUGCCAGGCGCGUGGAGACUUCCUGGCCGCCCUAGUCCACGUUGCCUCAGCUGAUGCCAUGGGCACGC